CGCAACUACGAAUAAUUCCGCAAUAUCGUAUGUACUUCCGGUUUUUAGAAUUUAUGCACUUGUACAGAUCUGUGUGGGAUUAAAUCGAUAUUUUUCACAUUUUAACAACAAAUUUUGCAAGAUUAACCUUGUCAACCAGAAGUGUGACUUUUGGACGACAAUUGCUGCUCCACAGAUUAAGACAAAGGAUAAUAUCUUAAACAAGCAAACUAUCGAAAAGAUAAAUAAAGAAGCCAACUAAAGCAGGAAAAGUUCAAAGAUUUCUUUGAAUUUUUCACUAACCGUCGUGACGGCUCAGUUAGUCAUCACGGAGUUACUUUGCAGUCACAUCUGUUUUACCAAUAGGAUUUACCAACAAGAUCUCACAUAGCCUGACUUCCCUCUAUGUAAGAAGACAAUGGCUUUACUUGGAAGAGACAACAGCGAAGAUCUGAAUUAUAUUAAAGAAACAGAACCAUUUCUCUCAACAUCAUCUAGUCAUGGGGGAAACCUCGAGUCUAAUGGCAGACAAGAUAUUGCUCUCUUGCCAGGCCCUAUUCCUUGCGUUUCGACGGCACCUGUACCAUUUUCCCAGUUAGAGGAAGAGAGUAGGCCCCGUCUUUCAAGCUUCAGGAGUUCUUUUAACGAAGAUGUCGAAAAACUGUUUUCUAUGCCGGAGAAGUUUGACAUUGCAGCACUAUCAUCUGGGUCAGAGCUUGUUACUUCUAACCGUAGUGACCCUAACUUCCAGAUUGGUGCUCAAGUUAUGGAGAAGCAAUUCCUAGAUGAUAUUGAAGUUGAGAACUUUUCAAACCAUCGAACCUCUAGAUUUCCUCAUCAGCACCACCCACUUAAAGCCAUGAGGAGUAAAUCGUUUAAACAUGCCCCUCCAUCUCAGGAAAAAGUAAAGAAAAAGAAGAAGAAGAAGAAAAGAAAAAUGAAGACUCCUAAAAGUUUUCCCUCUCGAUCGGCGAUAUUGUCACCUACCAUUCAUGAAGUCGAGAAUGAAGAAGAUCAUUCAUUGAACCUGUCCUCCUCAAGUUCCUAUGAAACAGACGGCAUGGAAUCUGAGACAGAGAGACAAGAAAAUGGGAUAACAUAUACCCUUAUGGAUACAGGGAUGCACCAGCCUGAAAACGGAAACUUUAAAGAAAUCGAACAACCCGACUCUGCAGACCUAAUUGAAAAGGAAAGGUCCAGUUUUAGAGAUCUUAUCAGCAGUGAUACAAAAAGAGAUGAUGAUGUUAUUGGGCUUAAUCGACAAGGCUCUGAGCCUAAUGACUUCAAGCUGGAUCUCUCUGAUGAUGAUAAUCUGAAAGUUUCCCCCGCCAUUAUUCUAACUUCACCCUCGCCAAUUCAUUUUGAAUACCCUACAUCUCCUGUCAACUCUUCAGCAUUGAAGCCUCAAUUUCAGCUUGGGCCCGUUUCAUCUGGUGCCUCUUCCACUGAAGACAUUCAGCAUUUGGGUAAAGUCUGGCCUAUCAAAAAGAAUGGUAAUGGGUCCAAAGAUGAUGACAAAGUUGUAUUUUAUUUUGGCGACACUGAAUCAGUCAGUUCUAAACAAAAUACGCCGAAGAAAACGUUUUACUUAGCUGAUGAGAAUUCUUUGUCGUCACGAAAGAAAGAGUCGGAAGUAGGAUCAUUUAAUUCUGUGACAUCAUCAAUGUCUAAUCCCGCAGACACGGAAUCGAUAUAUUCGGGAACAUCUGUUUCACAGGGACCUCCAGACACAAACUGGAUUGAUGUACUGUCCGAUGCCAGUGCAGAACCUCUGCUGUCACAAAGUGCAUCACAGGAAGGAGCUAAAAGUAUAAAGGAGGCUGUAGGGUCCAGCAAGGUCAAAUUUCAUAUGGGUAUGGACGAGGAUUCAGAACCACAAAAUAAAGUCACAUUUAAAAUGGGGGCAGACAGUAACUCUAAUCUAGAGGCUUUGGACAAAGAAAAUGACCCAUCUGUAGAGCAAGUGGUUCAUAAUCAGAGUAGGAGAGGUUCAAAGUCAAAAGAUAGGCGGCCACACAAGCACCGUCAUCACCAUCACCACCAUGAGCAUUAUAAACAAGAAGAUUUGUUGCUACGACGACAGAAGGGAAGUGAAGUCCACUUGGACCAAAACCUUCACCGUGUACCAACUGAAGCUGAUGAGGCUAAUUUACUACAAACUGCUGACUUGGAUGAAAUGGCCAGCCACAGAUUGGAGAACUUACAAGGAAUAAGGAGACAUAAAAUCAACAGGAAAAAACGUAAUGCCAUGGCGUCCAUUGUCCAUAUUGGAAAGGCUGACAAAGGGAAGAAAAAGUUUUACAAGGAACCAAAGAAAAAGUUUGAUCAUAGUCCACAUGAGGUGUUUGUAGAACUUGAUGAGUUGUAUGUCGGAGAGUCUAAGGAAUUUGAAUGGAGAGAAAAAGCUCGUUGGAUCAAGUUUGAGGAAGAUGUAGAAGAAGGAGCAGAAAGAUGGGGGAAACCCCAUGUAGCCUCACUUUCAUUUCAUAGUCUGCUGGAACUUAGAAGGGGAUUGGAGAAUGGUACAAUGCUGUUAGACAUAGAAGCAACCGAUCUGCCAACAAUUGUAAACAACAUUAUCGACAGCAUGAUUAUACAUGAUCAAAUUAAGCCGGAAAACAAAGGAAAUAUACUAAGAACUCUGCUUCUUAAACAUAAACAUGUUGGUCAAAGAGAAAACUUUAUCCGACGGAAUUUUUCGUAUAUGAAUCUACGUGGAUUAGACAGAUACAGACAUCAGAGUACUAAGCAUUCCUUGAUGAAGUCACUGUCGACUGCUAGUUUCAAUUCAGAAGGAUCUCGAAACAGUCUUGACCACAAAGACAGGAACUUUAGUCGUCAGGAUUCAGUGAGGGAGAAAUUAUUGGAUGAGAACCAUGACAACAAGGGCAAGCUAGAAUUUGUUAAAGUCGAUGUUGACAACAAUAUGCCAUCAGACGGUGUACAUAUUGGGAUUGCUCCAGCUCAGGACCCUCAUCACAAGAACAUCCAGGAUAUAAUGAGGAGGAUCCCAAAGGGAGCAGAAGCUACCACAGUACUCGUAGGAUGUGUGGAUUACCUGACUAAACCAGCUGUUGCUUUCGUCCGAUUGGCUGAGGGUCAAUACCUUGAUAACCUGACGGAGGUGCCACUUCCUGUUCGGUUUCUGUUUCUGUUACUCGGACCGGAGAAUAGCGGAAUGGAUUAUCAUGAAGUUGGUAGAUCUAUAUCUACUCUGAUGUCCAAUCAGCAUUUUCACGAUGUAGCUUACAAAGCUGAAAGUCGAGGUGAAUUGUUGGGUGCCAUUAAUGAAUUCCUUGAUGAAUCCAUAGUGCUGCCACCUGGUGACUGGGACCAGAAGACACUCUUACCUAUUAUGGAUAUGGCAAGGAAGAAAGCAAGACAGAAAAGGAAAAAACAACAAAAGGAAGAAGAAAAACAAGCUCUUCUAGAGAAGGAGAAAAAAGAUAAAAUUCCGUUGGAUCCAUUGAAAAGGACUAAAAAGAUAUUUGGUGGACUUUAUUACGACAUUAAAAGACGUUAUCCUCACUAUAUUAGUGAUUUUAAGGACGGAUUUAAUCUGAAAUGCCUGGCAGCCAUUGUAUUUAUAUUUUUCGCCUGUUUCGCUCCCUGUAUUGCAUUUGGUGGUCUUCUCAGUGAGAAGACUUAUGAUUAUCUUGGUGUCAAAGAAACUGUGAUAAGCACAUCUGUUUGUGGGAUUAUAUUUGCCUUGUUAGCAGGACAACCUUUAAUGCUUGUUGGUGCUACUGGACCUGUCCUGGUUUUUGAACAGUCCCUUUAUAUGUUUUGUAAGAAUAAUAAUAUAGAGUUUUUGACGAUGCGGGUAUGGAUAGGAUUCUGGGUAAUGUUGAUCUCUAUAGUAGCUGUUGCAGCAGAGAGCAGUGUCCUUGUCCGUCAUAUCUCCAGAUUUACCGAAGAAAUAUUUGCCAUUCUCAUCUCGCUCAUUUUCAUUUUUGAGGUCAUCAAGAAAAUUGAUGAGACAUUCAAGGAUCAUCCAUUGUUAUUAGAUUACUGUGCCAAAGACAAUUUGACUAAUCUGUCGUCUAACGGCAAUGUUACCCUUCACCCUGUGUUAAAUGUGACUUCGUUGCCUGGAUAUACGUUUGCCAAUGAUUCUUUUCAAGAGGAGGCUGAGAGUGAUACUCAUUACAAUAAAUACCUCCAUUACAAAGAGGUUACUAAUAGACCUAAUACGGCUCUAAUGUCUACGAUUUUAACAUUAGGGACAUUUCUCAUCGCAUAUUUCCUAAGGAUUUUUCGAAACAGUAAAUUUUUAGGAAGAAGGGCAAGAAGAGCUUUGGGAGAUUUUGGGAUUGUUAUUUCUAUUAUUUUAAUGGUGCUGUUAGAUUUAUCAAUAGGAGAAAGUGUAUAUACUCAGAAAUUACAAGUUCCGCCCACUUUAGAACCUACACUCAAACGUGGCUGGUUGGUGAAUCCUAUAGGUACAAAGAAGAGGUUUGAGGUGUAUAUUAUAUUCGCCUCGUUUAUUCCAGCUGCUCUGAUCUUUUUGCUGCUCUAUCUUGAAACUCAAAUCACAGAGAUGAUAUUAAACAAGAAAGAGUUUAAGAUGAAGAAAGGAUCAGGAUUCCAUUUAGACAUGAUUUUAGUCGGGGUCAUGACCUUUAUGUGUUCAUUGUUUGGCUUGCCAUGGAUGUGUCCAGCAACCGUCAGGACGAUUGCUCAUGUGUCAGCACUCAGCGUCAUGAGCAGACAUCACGCUCCGGGAGAAAAACCAAAGUUAAUGGAAGUUAAGGAGCAGAGAGUUACUGCACUUGUUAUGAAUAUUGUUAUAGGUAUAUCCUUAUUCUGGGAGCCUGUUUUAAAGGCUGUGCCUAUGGCUGUGCUGUUUGGUGUGUUUCUGUAUCUAGGUAUCUCUUCAUUGAGUGGGGUACAGAUGUUUAAAAGACUCAAACUUUUACUCAUUCCAGUCAAAUAUCAUCCAUCCAGAGGAUUUGUUCGUAGAGUGAAGACUAUGAAGAUGCAUCUAUUCACCAUCAUACAGCUCGUACUCCUCGUUCUGCUGCUGAUCAUUAAAUCCACUGCUGCAGCCUUAGCAUUCCCAUUGUUUGUUAUACUCCUUGUGCCCCUCAGAAUGAGGGGAUUACCUAAGAUAUUUACUGGUCAAGAGUUACACGAGCUUGACCAGGAAGAAGAAGAUUCUGAUGAUGAAGAUAUAGAUGACCCAGAUUUCUAUCAGUUGGCCCACAUGCCAGUAUAAGAAAACACUUUAAAGAUACUGAACUUAAAUCAAACACUAAAGUGAUGCUGAUUAUGUCUGCUUUGAUUUUGUUUUUAUUUCAUCAUAACUAUUUUGAGAUUUUGGAAAUCCAAGCAAGAUUAAGUGUUCAGAGUUGUGUUUUUAUUUUAUUUUUAAACUUUAUUAGAUAAUUAGAUAUGACUCAAUAUUUAUUCAAGGAAAUGUGAUCAUGUGAUCCUGUAAAUUCAGAAAUUAUUGCAUCAAUUUAUUAUAGUGGUUUUUUUCAAGAAUGGACCUAAAUGUGAGUUAUUGUGAUUUUGAAAUAUCUACAUACAGGUUUCAGUUAUCUGAAUGCUAGUCCUUAUCACCUGGGAGACUAACCCAGUCACAUUAUUCAAAUUGAUUAAAAAAAAAACUCACAAUAAUUUCUGAAUUUAUAAUUAUAUUGCAAUUGCUGUAAAAAUUUGGGAAA